AUGAUAGAAGAUAAUAUAAACAUAAUUCAAAAUGAUCCUUUAAUUAUAAUAGAUAAAUUUCCAUACACAAAAAAAAAGGAAAUUAACCAAGACAAAAACUCUGAAAAAAAAAAAAUUAGUAAAAUAUAUUUUUUAACUCACUUUCACGCUGAUCAUUAUAUGAAUAUAAAUAGAUAUUUUAAUGAAAAUGUCUUUACUUCAACUAUAACAAAAAGUUUAUUAUUAAAUAUAAUUGGAGUUAAUGAAAAAUAUGUUCAUAAUUUAAAAAUUAACAAGAAUUAUUAUCUUUUCAACUUUGAAGUUAUUUUUAUCGAUGCAAAUCAUUGUCCUGGUUCUAUUAUUAUUUAUUUUGAAUUUUUAAAUGGAAUAAAAAUAAUUCACACUGGUGAUUUCCGUUAUUCGAAUAUCCAUAGUUUUUUGAUAAAAAAAAUAUUAAGUUUUACCUACGUAAAAGAAGAAGAGGGCAAAGAAAAAGUAUUAAAAGAUCUUAAAGCAUUAGAAUUGAAAAAUAAUAUUUUUUCGAAUGAAAAUGAAAGUAAAAAAUAUAUAGUUUUCAAUAAUAAAAAAUAUAAUAUUUGUUAUAUUAAAGAAAAUUUUACAAUAUACAAAAGUAAUAAAUAUAUUGUAAAUAUUGAAGAAUUUAGAAUUGUUUAUUUGAAAAUUAUUGAAGAAUUAUUAAUUAACCUUAAAAAUAUAAAAAAUGAAUUUUUUUUAUAUGAUUCUUUGGAGUAUGAAAAUUUUUUUAAUUAUUUCAUUUAUAUAGAAUUGUCAUUGUAUUUUAGUCAAAAUGAACAAGAAAUCUUACUGUUAUAUGAAGAUAAAAAACUGAACGAAGCAGAUAUAAUUUUAAAUAAUGAAAAUAUAAAAAAUAUUCGUUUUAUUCUGAAUUUUCCUAAAAAAGAAGAAUCAGAAACAUACUGCAGUUUUUUGGGAAUAAAAAAAGAAUUGUUGGAUUAUAGAAGUAAUGAAUUACAUGGUAAUGAUUCAAAAAAAAGAUUAGAAUUCAAAAAUUUAAAUAAAGAAAAUAUAAAAUUGGAAUGCAAAGAAGAUAUAUAUGAAGAAUAUGCAAGUUUUAAUACGUCUUAUUGUCAUACAAAAAGAAACAAAGAAAGAGGAAAAAUCAAUAACAACAUUAAAAAGAAAAGAAAUGAAAUUAAAAGAAGUAAUAGUAAUAUUGAUUCAAAUGAAUUAGAAGAAAAUUCUAAUUAUAUUAAGACAAUUUAUCUUGAUACAACAUAUGCGCUUACUAAAAAUAAUUUAUUUCCUCCUCAAAUGUACUUGAUAAAUUACAUAAUAUAUUUAUGCAAAAAAAAAGUGACUAAAGAUUCAAAUAUGGAAAUUGACAUUAAUCAAAUAAAUUCUUCAUCGGAUAAGAAAAAAAGGAAUCAAAGGACAAAUCCAGGAAUAAAAGAAGAAAAGGAAAAUAAGAAAAGAGAGAUAUGUAUAAAGAAAGAAAAUGAGGAAGAGAAUAACGAAAAAAAAGAAGAAAAUAAUGAAAAGGAAAAUGAAGAAAAAGAAAAAAUAAUUUUAAAAAAUCAAAAGGUUUCGAAAAAAACAUUAUUUUUAUUUGGUACUUAUAACUUAGGUAAAGAAAAAAUUUAUUUAAGUGUUUCUGAAGCUUGUAAUAUGAAAAUAUAUUUCAGAAAUGAAAAAAAAAAAAAAAUAAUUGAAUCCUUUAUAAAUAAUAGAAAUAUUUUAAAUAGAAUAACGAAUGAUAAAUUAGAAGCACAAAUUCAUAUUGUUGAUAUUAAUUACUCUUGUAUAUUUCCCAAAAUAGAUAAAAAUAAGCUUCUAAAUUUAAUGGAUGAAGAAAUAGAAAGAGAAUUUGAUUUUUUUUAUUAUAUUAUUCCUACAGGAUGGACUAAAAAAUAUUCUUUUUAUGAGAAAAAUAAUAUUUCUGUUUUUUUAAUACCUUAUAGUGAGCAUUCUAAUUUGUUAGAAUUAAUUAAUUUUGUAAAAUCUAUUAAACCCUGCAAUAUAGUUCCAACAGUUUUUUCUAAUCCCAAAGAAAAAUUGAAAAUUUUGAACAUAUUCAAUUCUUAUCUAAAUUUAAAACAAGAAAUAAGCAAUUUCUUAAAAAUAGAAAAUAAUAAUAAAAUCAAAAAUAAAAAAAUAUCAAAACAAAAUAGUAAAGAACAUGAGAAAAAUAAAAAAAAUUACAAACAUAAAACAAAGGCAGACAAAAUUGUAUGUGACAAAAAUCAAAAAAAACUAUCUUCCUUUUUUUCUUUCUUAAAAAAGGAGAAAAUUAAAAAGGAAGAAUAA